AGUAAUACAGAUACAGGGUAACAGGGGCGUCCUGGGGUGAAGUGUGGCAGUGAAACGAAGAGGAAAAAAGGCAUACAGAAUGGAAGAGGUGGAUAGUGGUCGUGUAGCAAGUGCUGCUGGGGAUGAGAAACUAAACCAAAUAUUUAAUACCAUCAGAACUUCUAAAACCCCGGCGGUCAUCAACUACGGCGCUUCUUGGUGUCGUGUCUGCAGCCAGGUCCUCCCUGCAUAUUUCCAAUUAAGCAAGAAAUUCCCCAAACUGUCUUUUUUCUAUGCAGACAUUGAUGAAUGUCCAGAAACAACACAGCAUAUCAGAUACACACCCACCUUCCAUUUCUACCGGGAUGGUGAAAGAGUUGAUGAGAUGUUUGGUGCUGGGGAAGAACGAUUGCAUGAUCGAUUGUGGUUACACUCUUAAAGUUGCUCAACUGCUAUCAGAAAGUUUAUCUUCCCUGAAUGUCGUAAGCCUUCUAUUUUGUUACAAAACUGCUUCAUCUCCCCAUAAACAGCAGACUACUUAAAGUGUUUCCAUUGAACUGGCUUGCUUAUUUACAGGACUUCUAGCUGCCUCCCUAAAACCAAGACAAACAGUCCUCUGAUCCUCUCUAAACUAGUGAUAUUGAUAAACAGUUCUGAGUUCAUUUCUGUGCAGUUCAGUGAAUCAUGCUUAUUAAUGUUAUUCGUUUUUAAACUA